AUGUCCUCGCCCUUCCAUCGCCGUCCUUUCCCCGACUACUUCCUCUCAUCCCCUCUAGCAACUCUCAUCUACCCUCUCCAUCAACUCCUCAACCACCUCCGCGGCCCUCCUCACCUCCCACCCCCGAACGCCCGUCCCAUCCGCGUCGUCUGCAUCUCCGACACCCACACUCUCGAAUACCCCGACGUUCCCGAUGGCGACCUCCUCAUCCACGCCGGCGACCUCUGCAACGAUGGCAGCGCCCGCGAAAUCCAAGCCGCCGUGAACUGGCUGCGCAGUCUCCCUCACCCACAUAAAGUCGUCAUCUGCGGCAACCACGACAGCUACUUCGACACGCGAUCGCGUCUCCCCGAAGACCGCAUCGAUGCCUCCUCAUCUCACAACAACACUUCGUCCACAUAUGCAACCAUCUCUUCUUCAACCGCCUCCCUCCGCUCCCUAGACGACUACUUAACCGACGACCCUCACCCCCGCAUCGACUGGGGCGACGACAUCCACUACCUCCAACACUCCUCCAUCACCCUGACCUUCCCACCCACCACCGCAUCCUCCUCCUCCUCAUCAAGCAUCACCAGCACCACCCCCCUCCGCCCCCGCACCCUAACCAUCUACGGCGCGCCCCAAAUCCCCGCCAUCGUGCCCUUCGGCCCCGAACACGCCUUCACCUACCCCCCACACCACGACGCCUGGUCCAACACCAUCCCCGCCUCCACCGACAUCCUCGUCACCCAUACACCCCCGCAAUCCCGCCUCGACCUCUCCCCUGUCUACUCAGCAGGCUGCCCAUUCCUCCUCUCCGAACUAUGGCGCGUGCGCCCGGCCCUGCACGUCUUCGGCCACGUCCACGCAGCGUACGGCAUCGAGCGCGUCUUCUACGAUGAGGCCCAGCGCGCGUGGGAACGACUCUGCGCGUCGAGGAAAUCCCGUGCCCGUCUGUCGAGGUUCAGCUCCCUGUUUGGGUUCUUGCGAGAUCUGUUUGAUCUCUCCGGCUUGGUGGAUUCGGCGAGGGUCGUGCUGUAUGGUGUUUUGGGGGUCGUUUGGGCCAGGGUCUGGGGUGGGGAGAAUAGGGAUGCCGGGUGGGUGGUUAAUGCCGCUUUUUUCCAUGUCAUUUUCCUUGUAUAUAAGGGAGAGCCUAGAAGGGGAAAAGUAUAUACACAAAUGCAGUGA